UUUGAGAUCAUGCCAUUGCAAUGGCUUAAUGAGCAAAAAAAUGAUAACAAUCACAAAAAGUAAGGGGAUAAACGGCUACGAUGUAAAGAUGAUGUUCUCAUUCCCGUGAAUAAUCUUUUCUAAAUAGCGGGUAGCUGCGCAUCCCUUUCACUGCAGUGCUCUGGCUUCGAGAUUGACGAACAUGACCAGAUCAAAUACGAAUCAUUUGAAAUGGCUAACGACGCAACGGCACGGAACCACACGAGUCAUAGCUACGCGACAUGCCGGAUCAAGGAGGUGUGCAAAGGCUCUACGAGCGACCAGCAAACCAGAUGUAACGUCGUUGAGGAUAUUCUUACUGAGCUUGAGCCCAGCCUGUGCCCUGGGAUGUGUUAUUACAUCAUUGUUCCCCAUCGCCAAUGCGGAGAAGGCAAUUACAUCUCUACUGUGUAUAUGACGCAUGUGCCUGAAGGAAACACAGUCAUUAAGAUUUACCGGGCCCAGAGCACUUUACCUACUGCUAAUGUCACCAUCGAUGCCGGAUGUGAUGGAAUCGAAGGACAGGAGUUCUCCGAUAGCUGUGAAAUAAUGGUCGACCAGUCCUGCCCCGGCACAAAUGUUCAGACCUUUGAGGCCAACCAGAAUAUCGCACUUGAAAUCAAAUCCGUUACCGGCGAGAAGAAAGUGGCUGUUUCAUUUUCUAAACAGUUUUCAACUCCAGUGACCGCCCUGGUGACGAUCCACGACACUCGCGCCGGUGAAACCGAUACCGGUGAUGGGUCGCAGACAACCGAGAACGUCGUUGAGGGCGUGGAUGACGCCGCCAGCGUGGUAAAAACGAAACUCGUCAUCGAUUCUCUUGUACUCGACAUCAUCCUCGUCGACGAUCAAGGACGACAGAUCCAGCUCGAUGAUGAUCAUUUGAUACAUUUGGCCUUUGGGUCAAAUCAGCCGGGAGGAUUCAAGGAAAGAGUUUGUCGCUUCUUUGAUGAAACAGAGGAAAAAUGGUCUGGCCAUGGCUGCCAUGUUUCUGAUAGUAACGAGACUGACGUCACCUGUGCCUGUAACCAUACUACCAGUUUCGCAGUGCUACUGCAGUUUGAGGAUUGUACGAUUGAAGGAGCCAAUCUGAAGAUACAAACCUUGAUGACCAGGUUCUUCAAUGCCAUCUCUAUCGCUGCCCUAUUCCUCUCCGUGGUCAUUUUCUGCUAUCUCAAGUUGUACACAUCUGACCAGGUGAAAGUCCACAUCUGUCUUGCAAUCUCAUUGGCCUUGGCUCAACUUGUCAUGCUCUUCAUGGAUCAAACACAACACAAGGGCAUGUGUCGGGCCAUCGCUGGUAUCAUGCACUACCUGCUGACUGCUUACUGUAUCUCCAUGAUACUUGAGGGAACACUCCUCCACCGCAAGGCAUCCAGGACUCACAAGGCACCAGUCAAGGGCUGGAUGAUCAUUCUUGCAGUUUGGGGUAUUCCGUGUGUGAUGGUUGCCGUUUUGAUGGGGUCUUUGAUUGAUGGCUAUGGAGGGGAAUGCGCCUGUUUCUUGAACGUCCAGUACAAAACUAUGUAUAUCUGGCUUACCGAGGUGUGUCUUGUCGUAGUGGUAAACACAGUCCUCCUGUAUUUGAUCAUGCGCACUUUUGUCUCUCUCAAGGCAAAUGCUAAGAAGAGUGAUACGGACAGACUUAAGGCUACCGCUCGUGCUGUGUUGAUUAUGGUGCCUAUGCUGGGAAUGACGUGGGUAUUUGGCUUGCUUCAGGCUGUCAUGAAGAAUGUCUUCUUGCAAUGGUUUUUCAUACUGAUGAACGCACUGCAGGGCCCACUGUUCUUUGUGUUUCAAUGCGUCAUGCAUCCCGAGGUUCAGAAGGUGAUUGGACGAAAGCGCAAGGUUGGUGACUCCUCCAAGUGGGCCAUGAACACCUCCACAUCUGGUACGGGAGGAACUCAAUCUACAGAUAAGGGUACUUCUCAGUUCACAGAGUCUAAGCUGAGUAAAGGACUUUAAGAAUUGCCGUGACGGUCCCUGAAACAAAUGGCGUAGUCGGUGCCAUCAGCUCUCACAUUUUGAGUUAGUUAAUUCAUCAAUUAAUAUAGAGGUAUACG